CAUAGAAAGCCAUUCCCGCAAAAACUUAGCUAGGGUUUUGGCGUGCGUCCUCUCUUAUAACCAGCCGCCAAUCCCAAAGGGGCGAACGAAGGAGAACACGAAUCCAAAAUGGGCAAAGGAACAGGAAGCUUUGGUAAGAGAAGGAACAAGACUCAUACGCUCUGCGUCCGCUGCGGUCGCCGAAGCUUUCACCUUCAAAAGAGCCGAUGUGGAUCUUGCGGUUUCCCUGCUGCCCGAAUCCGCAAGUAUAACUGGAGCAUGAAGGCUAUUAGGAGGAAAACAACAGGCACCGGAAGGAUGAGGUAUCUUCGUCAUUUGCCUCGAAGGUUCAAGAGCAAUUUCAGAGAAGGAACCCAAGCUACUCCAAAGCAGAAGACCACUGCUGCUGCUGCUGCUUUUUAGUGUGGGGGUAGAGACUCUUAUCCUUGUUGUGUCUGUUGCAAGCUGCAAUCCCUUACCUGUGAUUUAUCUUGAAAUUUUGUUUCGUUAAGACUCAUUGCUGUUUAUUACUUGAAGUUACAACAUAUGUACUCAGAUGCUGAAGUUUUGAGAUUUCAACCACCUUUGCAUUCAGUUAUUAAUUAUUCAGGUAUA